AUGAAGUCCACAUUUUUCGAAAUAAAGUUCUCGAAACAUGGAUCAGACGAAAAAGUCCCAAAUUUUGGUGAUAAUCAGCAUUUCACUGUUUCAUUGUAUGCAACUCGUUAUAUCGAUAAAAGGAACUUGAUUUUUUUUAAUCGAACACAUUCCAUCUCUCUUCAUACAUUCUUCUCACCUGAAUUUCGUAAAUUCACAUUCUCUUAUUACUUGACAAUGGACAUAUUCGAACUUUCGAUGAUGUUCAUCUUCCUGUUAUCAUCAGUAGUUGCAAUCGAGAAACACAACGAACUAAAAAAUUCUAAUCAUAUGAAUGAAGUUUUUGAAGAUUUCACAGAACGCCAUGUUUUUCAGAUUGACAAGUUAAAUGAGUAUUUAUGA